UUGACAUCUCACAGCUGGCUUAGUGUUUACGUGGUAAAAUAUAACUGAUGGAAAAACCGAUAUAAAUUACAUAUUUUUGUAUUAAAAAUUGCGCAAUGAGAUGCUCGUUUCGUAGCGAAAAUAACGCAGUGCAACAUGAGAGGCUCCAGGGUUGUUUUAGCGGUGCAUUUCGCCGUGUUCGUUCAGUGUUGUUCGGGUUAUUUUAACCUAGAAAAGGAAAACGACUGUUUCUGCAACUUGCAAGGCAAAGUGGACGAGUGUUCGUGCAAUAUAGACACUGUUGAUUACUUCAACAACAUCAAAAUCUACCCCAGACUUAAGUCGCUGCUAGAGAAGGACUACUUUAGGUAUUUUAAGGUUAAUUUGAAGAGAGAGUGUCCUUUCUGGGAGGAUGACAGCAAGUGUUCGAUGCGGUUUUGCAAUGUGGAGUCUUGCGGUGAAAAAGACCUCCCGCCCGGUCUUAAAGGCGCAAAGAACGAAAAUAAAUAUACCAAAGAGGUUAACGAGCAGUGUAGCGAGCUGAAUAAUGAGUAUGAUCAUCUUGAUACUACUUUGAGUGAGAAAGCUCAAAAGGAUAUCGAUUUGUGGAAUAAAUACGACGAUGCAACCGAUAAUUUUUGUAUUAUCGACGAAAAUGACUCUGAUUCAGAGUAUGUAGACUUGCUCAAAAACCCUGAACGUUACACAGGGUAUAAAGGCAAAUCGGCUAGAAGAAUAUGGGAGAGUAUAUACUUGGAAAACUGCUUUAGACCCAAAUAUUCAUCCAACCUCAAUUUAUACAUACAAAACGGUAUUUUAAGCGAGUUAUGUCUGGAAGAACGGGUCUUCUACAGAGCCAUUUCAGGGCUACAUGCAAGUAUUAACACCCACCUUUCAGCGAUAUAUUUGUUGUCUGACAACAAAUUUGGCGAUCCAAAAGGCGUAUGGGGGCCCAACUUGCAGGAAUUUCAAAGAAGAUUUUCCGAGGAGACAACUAAUGGGGAGGGGCCAAAUUGGCUACGUAAUUUGUAUUUUGUGUACUUACUGGAAUUGAGGGCUCUGGCCAAAGCCGCCCCGUACUUGGAGAAGGAGGAAUAUUACACUGGCAACGAAAACGAGGACUGGGACACCCAAAUGGCGAUUAAGGACUUGCUGGGGGUUAUCAGUCGAUUUCCGGACCACUUCGACGAAAAAAUAAUGUUUAACGGCGACAAAAACUUGAAAUACGAGUUCAGGGAGCAUUUUCGCAACGUCAGUCGGAUUAUGGACUGCGUGGGUUGCCCGAAGUGCAAGGUUUGGGGUAAAUUGCAAACGCAAGGCCUCGGAACGGCCUUGAAAAUUUUGUUUAGCGGGAAGUUCGACAACUUGGAAAAUACGAACAGUAAAAAGCGGUUUCAGUUGCAGAGAAAUGAAAUUGUCGCUUUGGUGAACGCAAUAGGGAGGUUAUCGACAAGCAUAUACAAAUUGGAUGAUUUUAAAAACAUGCUAAACAAUAAGGGGGUUAAUAAAAAUAAUAAUAUAUUUAAUUGACUGACGUUUUUAUUUAUUAUUUAUUGUGAUUGUUAUAGGAUGUAUUUUUAAAAAGAACAAAUUAUUUAUAAAAAUAUUAUUGUAAAUAUUAGGUAAUGUAAAUAUUUUUAUGGUGGAAGUUAUAUAAAAAAUCUAGUCUAUAGAGGCAGUAGUAGUUAAUAAAAUAUAUUUUUAUAUGUAUAAUAAAUGUUACCAA